CCCCCCGCAGCCGUCAGAGUUUUCCGUCCUGUGUCGGGAUAACAUCGUAAACUAGGACCACCUGACGGUAAGACCGGACUAAAUGGAAGCAGCGGAGGAAACUCUCACUUACCGAGAUGUCACCGGACUUCACAGGAAGCUGCUCCCAGAGGACAAGGAUAAGGACAACAGGGACAGUAAGGGCCACGCCACCGAGACAAAAACCGACGAGUCCAACUAUGUGGAUCUGGACAUGAAACCAGAAGGCGCAAAAACAGUGAAAGUGACUUUCACUGGCGAGGGAAACCAGCUGUCUGUGGUGAAAUGCGACAGCUCAAAGCAAGGGGAGCAUGGCAAGGAGUGUAAAAUCACUUCACAGGACUUUGUUGAAGAGCGGUUAGAGGACAAGCGGGCCACCGUCCCCGGGCCUGUUUCGGGUGAGCGUCCUUUGGAAACUUUGACCAAGCUUCCCAACACCGACCAGGACUCGGAGAAUGAGAAGCAGCGCCAGGUCGAGCUCGACCCGAGUGACUGCAGCGAACAUGUGCGCAGUGAGAGUGAUGAGCUCCAGUACACGGACAUCUAUCUCAACAGUAAGACGGAGUCUGAUGAUGGUGCCAGCGCGGUGCUGUCCGACCACUGCUCUGACACCGUGGAGGACGAGUCUCACUAUAUCACGACGCACGAAAUCCAGCUAACCGAGCUCGACCACGAUGUAGAUUACGACCUGGGGCGAGGGACCUGUUGGGAUUUUGAAGACAACAACCUGGUCUAUUCCUUUGUGGAUUACGCGUCCUUUGAAAGCGACGAAACGCAGGAGGGGACUUUGAUACCUGGGGGCAAGAGCCAGGCGAAAGUUCAGUCUGAUCUCGGCGGAGGAGCAGUUGUCACCACCGAGCAGGAGGAUAGUGAUCUUUGUGACUCGGACAAAUGCGCCAGCUCAGAUGAAAGCGUGUGCAAAAACCAAAGCGGAGACGCUAAAGCGGCGAAAAUUCACUUAUCGAUAAAAACAUCCUCCAGAGCGGUGAACGAGCCUCACAACAUCUUUGACAACGGCACCUGUGGGUACACAAGACACUUUGGAGACAGGAGCCACUUCUCUUUAGUGAGCUCUGGCACCAGAGCGGGGUCCUUGUGCGAUAGAGCCCAAUAUUUCAUCCCUGCUCCGGGCCGUCAGCACCUUGCAACCAAACUAAGACGGAAAGAUAUAAAUGAGUAUUCCAGCGGAGCGUCCAGCUCCAUCAGUGAGCUGGACGACGCUGAUAAAGAGGUGCGUAAUUUGACCGCCAAGUCUUUUCGGAGCUUGGCUUGUCCAUACUUUGAUGCCAUUAACCUUAGCACCUCCAGUGAAUCAUCUAUGUCGGAAUAUGGGCUGAAUAAAUGGUCAGCUUAUGUGGACUGGAAUUAUGGAAACAUGUCUCAGGGAAGAGAGCGGAGCGUAAUUGCGCACAAGACUUCUAGCGCAACUCUGGAAAUGAAUAAGAAUGUGGACAGUAGGAGGCAUGGUAAGUCUAUCACCGACAUUAAAGCUCCACAAACCAAAACGUAUGCACUGAAUAAGAGAACAACUUCUCAACAGUCUUCCUCUUCUAGCAAAAAGAUCGAACUGAAAGAUCCUGUUCAGCCAAAGCAGCGUGGAGUCACGCUGAAUUUCCGCUGUAAUGUUGAAGCGCCUGAAGGCGCCAAACGCCCAAAAUGCUCCAAGAAAGCACGACCCAAUGAGGUAACUGGGACUGUGUUGGCCAGGUCAGGGUGUGAGAUGCAAUAUAAUCACACAGAUAGUACGGGGGGCACACACAAGAGAGCAGUUUUUGCAUCAAGUCUAUUGAAAAAUGUGAUUUCCAAAAAGAUGCAAUUCGAAAAUGAGCGUAAAAUGGAGAGGGGGCAAUACCCACCACAUUCCCCUUGUUAUCAAGACAGGAUGAAAGAAAGGAGUCAAGGAAGAGGCUUACAAAGACAGACAUCAGAAUCAGGCUCAGGAUUCACUGUUAAUUCUAGUGAUGAUCAACGCCCAGAGGGCAGCAGAACCAGUUCCUGUGAGCCCACAGAGGAGCAGAAAAUCCACAAAGCAGCAGAUGAUUCAGAAAGGUCACAACAUGAGAUUUCAAAAGCACCACUCAGCCACAGUCAAAGUAGUGCAUUUAAUUCAUUGAAAGAAGGUGAGUUCAAACCUGUAAAGGAGGCAGAACCCACCUCUGUAAGUGAAACACAGACCACAGCAAAAGACGGAUUAGAUACAAGCAGCAUGCUGACAAAACUGCUUUUUGUUCCGAGCUACCAGCUACUUUCGAAAGAAGACUUGCCAAGCCGUCCACCUAACACAGACGCACCUGCUGGACCACAGAAAUGUGAAAAAGAGUUCAAAACAGGCAAUAAUGGAAACAUAGUAGGGAAAGAAGAAAACGAAAAGGGGGCAAAACCCCCUGAGAUAAAAAUAUGUCUGAGAAGUGUGAAGGAAAAUAAAGGCUGCACACUGAAUAUUGCCAACUUGUUAACCCCUAAAAUAAGUUACAACACUGUUAACACAUUCAGGGCAGUGGGUGAUGCCAAAUGCCACGUUUUGUCUGCUUCAGAUAAAAUCCCAAACUUCACGGUUAGAGACAUAAGAGACACCAAAUGCAAGUUUCAAACACCAAUAUAUCAUGUCAGAGAUGUCCGUAAAUUGGUCAAAAGUUCAUAUCGCUUUGUUUCUUUGGAUAAUAGCGACAGUAAAUGUUCGACAGCAGCGGAAAAACUUGAGGAUAAGGCAGCAAAGGAGCCAGUUAAGCAUUUAUUACCAUCGCCUAUUGUGAUUAAAUGUCACUCUGUAAAAACAAAUGUUAAACAACAGACAGCUGAGGUGUCACAGAAACAGGCAGAGGCUGGCAUCCAAUCUGAAACACCUCAAAGUGAAAAUACACCAUCACAUUGCACAGUUAGCAGGGUGCCACCUGUUGGAGCCAAGCAGCCACACCCUGACCAAUCAGAGAUUCAGCCAAAUAAUGAAACCAAACUGACAAAACAGAGGCAGGAAAAGUUUGCAGGUGAGACAGCUGAAAGGAGAAAUGAGCCUACAAUACCAAAACAGGCUGCAUUAGAGAAGCUCAAAGCCGCCGUCAAAACAAUGGAGCAGCUUUAUGUUUUUGAUAGAAAUGAAUGGAAGCGUAAAACCCAAGCUCCACAACCAAUCACAGGUAGCCACGUGUUGUCACUUAUUGCCAGGGAGGAGCAGGGAGCAGAGGAGCUGGAGACAACAAACGCUGACAGGAUUCCUCAGUCUUUAACAAAUACCACAGACGCAGGCAAACCACAGGAAGAUAAAGGAGCUCUGAAUAUUAUACAUGUUCCAUAUAACGAUGACACGUUUAAAACACAAUCACAGCAAAGUAAAACAUUUAGUAACAAAAGUGUUCUUCAUUUUGGCAAUAAGGCACGUGUCAGCAUUAGUUCAGUCAGUAACUCUAUUCCACAAAGCUCUGCGCUGCAAACAUCAUCGACUAUGAAAAGCUCCAACACACCGGCGGCUCCACUGUCUGUGAAAAUAGAGCCCCCGAAACACGGCCAGGUGGAGCAGGGAAAGGUCAAAAUCAUUCCCACUAAUCCCACUGUCGCACAGGCCUCCUCAGACUCUGAGAACUAUUUAACCAUACCGGGUCUGGGGUACACGAAUGAUAUCAAACUGCUGAAUCGAGAGCCUGUUUCGAGGGAGGUGGGUGCAAACGUUAGCCAAAUCAAAACACCUGAGCAGAAAAGGUCUCCGUUAAUCAUGGAGUACCCAGCUUCAAGCAUCUACCAUCACGCUGGUGCAACAACGGGGCCUCAAGCACAACAGCAGGUUUUGUGUUUCUCCCCCUCUUUCCCGGCUGUGUCACCUACACCUUCUCCUGGAGAGACAGUCCCACAAACCCAGCGCAAGAUGCUUUUGGAUCCCACAACAGGACAUUAUUACCUGGUGGACACUCCUAUACAGGCCACUACAAAGAGACUGUUUGACCCCGAGACAGGCCAAUAUGUGGAUGUACCCAUGCCCCAUUCUCCAGUGGCACCUGUCACCCCUGUCACCCCUGUCACACCUGUGCCUCUCUCUUUGUCCCCACUGGCACUGAGCCCAGGAGCGUACGCCCCCACCUACAUGAUCUACCCGGGCUUCAUCCCCUCGCCCACUCUGCAAGCCCAGACGGUGUUGCCACAGUCACUGUGUCACUCUGAGGAAGCAGGUGGAGAAAAGGUAAAAAACGGCAGAAGCCCUAGGCCAGAAACUAAUGCAACAGGCGGUGAGAGUGCGUACUACAGUGCAACAGGUGAGGCCCCUCCAGGGCCACUACAGCUACCUGUGAGCUUGGGACAUGUGACCGCCAGAGGAGGUGCAGCGAGCUCUGACAGGAAGCCAGUUAUCAGCAUCACAACGCAACAAGGUCCAAGAAUCAUCGCCCCGCCCUCCUUUGAUGGAACAACAAUGAGCUUUGUAGUGGAGCAUCGGUGACCAAGGAAACAUCUCAUCAUACAUACAUCUUCACCGAAGAAUCUGCCUUCAUUCACCGAAAGUGCAGUUUUCCACCCUGCAUGUGAUCUUCUUCCAGGACAACAUCCACCAACAACAAUUUCUAUCCCCACUAUGUUGUGUUGUUUAUCCUCGCAGCAGAUGAUACUGUAAUCCUUAUGCAUUGCAGCACUUUGUAAGGUAAACAUAUUCAGCCACGUCCUCUGGCUGAUGCUCUGCCAUAUUACUAUAUUAAUCUGCUUUGUAAUACUUUCCAUUCAGCUGCUGUCUAGAACUCUUGAAAUGCUGUUUGGGUCCUGAAACAUGUCUAUUCAAAAGGAAACAAGGCAAGUCUUCUGUUACAGCUACAGUUACACUAUAGGCCAAGCUACUAUUUUAUUAUUAUGAAUUUAAUGCUACCAUGUCUUUAAAAUGAGACUAUGCAACUUUUGAAAAGCAAAAAAACAAAUCUUCCUUUUACAAAUGAAAUGUUGAACUUAUUAGCAAUUCAAUACAUUUAGGGAGUGUGCUGCUACAACGUUUCUUGGUUUGUUAUGACCGUGUUAGCUAAUGUUAACAAUCCUGAUGGAUAUUACUGUGUAACUGACAUUACUGAGUCCGUUGGUUCUUUAGCUGUUACACACACGUUUCAGUGGUUAUUAUCACAAAGACAAAGCAAGUAAAUCCACCAUACCUCUCCAGGAGACAUGUUCCCUGCUUGUGGUCCCAUGACAAUAGUUUUGAGUAUGGAUGAUACGCUGGAUACGUUACAAGUCAACCUUGGUUCUGCGGGAGUAUGGGGUAUAACCAAUGUGUGAGUGAGAGCUGUGAGCUCCACAUUCUCAAUAGAAAAUCAGAUGUGUUCUCACUAGAUUUGUUCCUUGUCAUCAAUUCAGUUUGUGUUUUUCAUGGGCAGUUUUUCUAGAUGUGGAGAGUAUCUGUCAUGGUGGCGAUGUGAUUGUAUCUGCUUUUUGCCAAUGAUGUGGCUCUGCUGGCCUUAUCAGAAUGCUUAUCUGACUGUUGUGGUUAAGAGAUGCUGAGCUUGAAGGCGAUGCUCUCAAUUUACCGGACACAAGCGGCAAAAUAGAGCUUCCUUUACGGGGCGGCCGUGCGCACGCAUAGAGAGGGUGACAAGCUUAGGCAUCCGGAGAGACCUCAGAGUAGAACCUCUGCUUUUUUGUGUUUGGAUGAGUGAAUGAAGGUCCCUUUAGCAACUAUUUUGGAUGUCUGCUGUAUGCCUACCUGUGGAGGUAUACCAGACACAUCCAAGUGGGAGGAGAUCAUGGGCCACAUCUUACAUAUCUCAUGUGGCCAGGGAAUGCCUCAGGAUCCUCCAGGAAAAGAUGGAUGUAAACAAUUAACAGAACACUCUCUCAAUUUAAUGUGACCUGUAAUUGCUGCUUGUGACAACAGUGGCCACUGUUAAGUUACGUAGUGUUGCUUUAAUUCACAAAAUAAGAUAAUUACUUACAGUCAAUACAACCCAUAUUGUGUAUUUUACACAGUUUUCUGAGGACAGGGACCAUUUGUCUGCACCAAAUUAGAAAAAAAGAUUCACAGAUUAAGGGGUCAUUUUGAAUCACCCCUUUUUUUUCAGGAAAUUUAAAAAAUAAGGAACUACAUUUAUUGUUUUUCAAAAUAAUAUACUUUAAAGCUGUCCCAAGUAAACAACAAAUAUCUGACGUUGCUUUGUGUCAUAUUACUACUCUCCAACACUGAUUUUCCACAUUCACAAUAACAUUUCCAUGUGUUUUAGUCAGUCAGCGGCUCAAGUUCUACUUGCAGUAUGUGUAACCUCUGUGUCAUGACUCACAAAAUGCUGUUAGUACCUGCACAACUGAUAAUGCUGUAAAUAAGUGGUGUAUGUUUAUAUUCUAAAAGCACGCUCCUUGCAUGUAUAAUGAGAAGAAAAAAAGGAACACAAUGUGUGUGUUGCUCAGAUGAAGUGGAGCUGGGACUCUGGUUUAACGGUGUACUUAGGUCAGUAUUUCCUAAGUAGUGUUGGGCCUAAUGAGUCAAAGCCAGCUGAGGCAUUUAGGGGAUAACUUCCUCUAUUGGCGUUCGUUUAUUUUACACUUUUGUGUAAUGAGAUGGGAGUUGGUGCGUGUCCAUGUUUGUGGCUGUGAGUUAUGUAUGGCAUUUCAGCAUUCUGUGAGCGUACAACUAGGAGUCAUGUUACUUCACUGUAGACAAGAGCAUACAGACUGUACAUGUGUUGGGUGUGUCUUUCCACACAGCAAUGUCAGUUUCUCUUGUUUAAACUCCUUGACCUCUUUAGUUUAAAUGUGUAUGAAUUGAGGUUUCCAUUAAACUGACACAUGACAUCCACAUAUUUUAUAAUUGCUUUCUGUACUGUAAAGUUCUGAGGUUAUUAUUAUUUUUCUGUCCAGUUUCCUUUUGAAUAUGCAGUGGGCCAUCAUAGGUCAUUGUGCUAUACUUGACUCAGUUAUACCAGCAUCCCAUGUAGAAUUAAUGCAAACUGUAGAUUGCUAUUUUAAAUCUAAACACAUAUUAAAGGUAUUUGGAGCUGCUGGUCAGUCUAUGUACCUGAAUUCUGUAAAAUACAUGUUAUUAUGCCUCUGUGACAACAGACUUUAUAUAAAUUGCCCUAUGAGUUGAUUUCAUUGUAAGUGAUAUGAAUUCAUGCAGUGAUUUGGAAGACUUGUUGUUGACUGUGCAGUAGAUUGGACAUGGUUUGCUCUUCAGAGCAACUUGAUGUUAGAACAUUUAAUGCAUUUUGAGGUGAAAUAUUACUUAAAUUUGUACAUUUAAUUCAUAACAUGUUGUAAUUCUUGAUGAUAGUAUUAUAAUUAUAAUUCUAAAUGAAUGUGCCCCUGAGCCAGUGCAAGUUUAAUAGUUAUUUAUUUAGAAAUUAAAAAAAGUACCCAAAGUAAAAGAAUUAACCGAGGAAACUUUUGAACUACAAGUCCAAAUUGAGAGAUAUAAUAUACUACCCCUUGCCAGAGAGUUUUUAAAAGUAUAUGUUUGAAAGAAGUUGUCCAAAGGUGGUAUAUGAUAAAACACAUAUUUCACUAAUUAUAGAUUCAUUAAUUCCCGUACAUAUCAUUUUGAAACCCUGUGAAAACCUAAAUAAGAAAUAUAUUUUAAUUUGUAAACUCCAGUAAACCAGCUAUUGUAAUGUUGUCAUAAACAUAAAACUCGUAAAAAACCUCCCACAUGGAUUUUAUUAGUUUCUUGUAUGACCUUUAUCUGUGAAUAAUUAAUGUACUUAAUGCACUUGGAUUGUCACUAUUUCCUCACCAGCACUGACAGCAAUGAAUGGCUGUAAACAUUGGUGAUAGCAAGAGCACUAUAUGGACUUGUUCAUUUUAAAAUGAAGCAUUAUGAAUUGUUUCUGGUGAGUUUUGCCCAAAGAUGCACUGUAACAUAGAUAAUGUAAUUUGUUUUAAAACAUUCUUCCAGAUGUCCUUCAACAAACCUGCAGACUUUGAGGUUAAAUAUGGGAAACUGACUGUAUCAAAGCUUGCUUUUGUUUAAAGAAAGAGGGUUAGCUGAACGUGAGAUGGUCUGAGAUAAGUGUAUUUAUGAAUGUUUAAAGAAAAAGGACACAUAUUUGAAUGAAGUGCCUUUAUGGCAGUACUGUCACAUAGUGGGAUUGUAUAUAUUUUAUGCGUGAUAUCACCUGUGUUGCGUGGCUGCCCCAGAAAAAGACAGAGGUCAGGAUGACAGCGGAGUGAUACCUUGAAAGGAGAAGUGAGUGCUGUGUUUGCACUUACAAGCUUGAAAGUAAUCAAUAUGAUGAAUGAGUGUCAUGUAGACUGACAAGCCUACAUAUGUUUGCAAUAAAUUCAAAAUGCAAGCUACUGAA